AUGGAAGCGGAUACUUAUUGCAACGGCUGUAAAACUUUUAAAAUAUUAUCUGAAUUUAUUGGGUACGGAACUAAUGGUGUUUCUAAACAGCUUAAAACGUGUAAUACUUGUCGUCAAAGAUUUGCCCAAAAACGAAAAAGUUGUGCGGAAAUAAAUAACAGCCAACCUGAUGAUUUAGAAAUUAUAGAUAUUGAUUAUUUGACUGAAGUUGUUAUGAAUCUUUUAGAAGAUAUAUCACAAAAUAAUCAAGAAUUACAUUUGCAUUGCCGAAUAAGCACUAAUUACGAAAAUUCAAUUAAGGAACUUUCAAACAAAGAAAUCGCAAAUAAUAUUGUUGAAUUAAUUGAAGAUGCCGAUGGAUACAACUGGAAUUAUAAAAAGCUAUAUGAAAACAAAGGUACAACCACAUAUUUCUAUUACUGUUCUCAAAGGGAUAUCAUGACAAACAAACCACGCAAACAUCUGGAUCCAUCGAAGCAAUGA